GACUGUCUGGUGUUGACUAGAUUGUCAUAAUACAUCGUAAUAUAUUUCCGACGAAUUAUAUAUUUUUAUUAACAAAGGCUGCACAUCCAUCGUUAUGACACAGCUAAAAAUGACUAAAGAAGAAACAUGUAAGUUUGUGGAGCUAUACAAAAUAAACGAUUGUUUGUGGAAUGUUAAAAACAAACACUAUAGAAACAAAGAAGCACGUUCCACUGCAUUACAAAAUAUUGUGGAUGGAAUGCAAUUGCCUGGAUUUAAUAUUAAAGAUGUACAAGCUAAAAUAAAAUGUUUAAGAUCAACUUAUUAUUUAGAACUAGACAAAAUUGAGAAAAGUAAAAAACAUGACGGUGAAAAUAUUUACUUGCCCAAAAUGGAAUGGUUUAAUGAGAUGCAUUCUUUUAUAUACGAUGUUACCCUGAAAAGAAAAGUACAUGGCUCGGAUGUGUUCUCAUCUUCUCCUAAGAAAAAAGUUCGAAAAAGGCACGAGUCUCCAAUAAAAAUAAAAAAUGAGAAAGAGCAAGAUUCAAAGGUAAAUCAAGAUGACGACGAAUUUGAAUCAUUUGGCAAAAUGGCGGCAAAAUCUUUACGCAAAUUGGAGCAUCCACAACAAUCAAUUGCUCUCAAACUUAUGUCGGAUGUGUUGUACCAUGCGAAAAUGGGGCGCUUAAAUGAAACAAGUACAGUCGUAUGCAAAGUGCCUCGAAAAAUUAUUUCGAUCGUCAAAGAUGGGUCUAUUUCAGACAGUCUUCCCAACCCAAAUGGAUGAAUAUUAAAAUAAGAAUCGGACGAUUCUGAUUAUGAAUUGAUUACCGGCGACAAAAACAUUCUAUCCAGGCAUAAAAUAAUAUAAGAUGUAUAAUAAAACAAGUUGAAAUACAUUUACAUAAAUUUAAUUCUUAUAACUAUUAUAUCAUCUUUGGCAAUUUAAGCCAGCAUUCCACACUGAUAAAACUGGCAAAAUGUAUUGUUUACGUAACGAAUAAAUAACAAUUUUCUUAAUUAUUUCCUUUCCUAUUGCCACUUUGGUAGGUUUAAUUUUUCUUUGGCUCUUAAAAUUUGUAUAACUGGCAAGAAUUGAUACAAUGCCUACAAGUAAACCCUAACCAUGUUAAUUCAAAUAAUUAAAUUUAAAACAAUACCUCAUAAAUUAACACGCUACAAACAAUAAUAGGUUCAUUUAUUUAUCAAGGUAGAGGUAGGAAAAUUCAGAGACUUCUGAAAUUUCAAUAAAAUGUUUGUUGGAUCGUUACCGGUAUCAUCAUUACUGAUACAAUAACAACCUUCGUAAUUUACUUAUUGCCAUGAUAUAUGAUAUAUAUUGCAAUAUAUUCGGUAUCUAAAAUUAACAAACAGACAAUUACACCAAAUGUAAUAUUUUUUCUUAAAUUAGGCAAUGCAUUUAUAAUUACUUUAUUAUUAUCUAAUAAAUUAUUCGAUAUUCUUAAUUACAAUUAGUUUAUGCUGGAUACCAAAGCACACUCAUGCAAACAAUUAACAAAUUUUACAAUAAAAUAAAUGAUAUGUUGAAUAUUUUUAUCAGUAUAAAAUAAUUACUAGGCAUCUACUUAAAAAUAUUUUACGGCAUUUUUCAUAAAACUUUGGAAUUAUCAGGUAUAAUUCCACUGCACUGGUACAAAUAGCGCCAAUUAUUCAAAAGUAAUCAAAGUGCCUCGCCAUCGUUCCAUAACUUUCUUUAACUCAAAAUUAUUACGUCACACCUUACAACAUUUAUUAAAAA